AUGGACAAAAGGCAGUUGAAACCCAAAAUCUGUAAAAGCUGCAGCAACUGUGUCAACACACAUGGCAGCUACACCUGCAUGUGCCUGGCAGGAUUUGAGCUCAACCCGCAGGGCCUGAAGCUGUGGAAAGAUGUGGAUGAUUGUAAACCAGGGCAAAACUCCUGCCACAAAUCCACCCAAUGCCACAACACCGAGGGCAGCUAUGACUGCCUCUGUCGCCCUGGCUGGAAGCCAGUUCCUGGGUCCCCCCAUGGCCCACACAACACCGUCUGUGAACAAGAUAUCUCCUUCCCCACCUGGACCCCACCCUAUGAAAUCAAGAGCCAGAAUCUUUCGCACUUCUUUGAAAGAUUCCAGGACCUACGCAGAGACUUCAAGUCAGCUUCAGCCCAGGACACCAUCCAGGAUAUCAUACAGGAGGUGGAUAAUCUCCUGGAGACCCCAGGGGACCUGCUUACUCUGCCUCCUUCAGAGCGGUACUUUGUGGCCACUAACCUGCUCACUGGCCAGGAGCAUGUCCUGAGAGAACUGAGCAAGACCUUGUCCAAUGGGACACUGACCUUCAGGACAGCUGCAGGAUCAGAACUGUCCCUGGAGGUGAAGAAGCAAGGAGACAAGAAUGUCACCCUGAGUGUUAAUCAGGCAAAGAUGCUGGUGAACUGGGAUGUGGUGCAGGACUCAGGUGGCUCAGUUGAACAAGACACCCAUGGAUGUGACACCCCCCUAGUCCUGGAAACUGAGGAGCAGUCAGUACUGCAUGAGACACACAAGGGCUUGCUGCAGGAAGUCUCCCCCGUCCUGCUCUCAGAUGUCAUAACAGCCUUUGUGAGCAAUACGGACACUCAGAACCUCAGCUCCCCAGUCACCUUUGUCUUCAAGCAUGUGAGUGCUGUGACCCCGAGGCCAAAGUGGAAGGUGUUCUGUGUCUUCUGGGAGCCUGGCCAGAAUGGAAGUGGUCAUUGGAACACCAAAGGCUGCUGGAUGGUGGCCACCGGAGACACCAGCACCACCUGCCAAUGCAGCCACCUCAGCAGCUUUGCCGUCCUCAUGGCCCACUAUGAUGUGCAGGAUGAUGAUCCCGCCCUUGCUGUGAUCACCUAUGUGGGGCUGAGCCUCUCUCUGCUGUGCCUCCUCCUGGCGGCCCUCACCUUCCUGCUGUGCAAAGCCAUCCAGAACACCAGCACCUCACUCCACCUGCAGCUCUCAAUCUGCCUCUUCCUGGCCCACCUGCUCUUCCUCACGGCCAUCGACAGAACUGAGAACAAG